AGUACUAGCGCCUUCUAUAUCAUUGAUGUCUACGGAUUUGAAUGAGAACGAGGCAUGCCAAUUCUGAAAGAAAACAAUAUGGCGGUGAAUCAACCUCUGACGUUGGAUCAAGAUCCAAUGGUUAAAGUUGCCGCACUCAUUCCCAUUCUUAAAGAGUCUGUACGGAAUGUUGUGCGGCAUGCAGUCUACAUCCUGCAUAAUACAUCACCUGACGCCACAAGGAAGAAUGAGUUACCAAGCCAGAUCCAGGGUUUUUUCAAAAUUGUUGAAGAUUUCCACAAUAUUUGUGAUCAAGUCCAAAUUUGGCUUAAACUCGCCCUUGCUUCUGCAGACCUAACAAAGUUGGCCACACAGUUUUCACCAGAGGUUGUUGGGGGGAUCUCAGCUCCUCAAGAUCCAAAUCAAAAAAUAAUCAGUUACUCUGACUUCCUGUUAACAGCAAAGAAGCAAAUUGCCUCAGCCAAAAGACUAGAACUUUUGCUAACAAAGCAUACAGAUCAAAUGUCAAAAGUCUUUGGAAACUUUAACAGCCAAAGCAUUGGAUGAAAUAUUACAAUUAGCGGUUUUGUAAUAUUUUCCACUGUAUAUGUAUAGAGGAAGUUCUUGUUAUUGAUACCACUAGCUCUGUAUUAUUAUAAUCAAUUUUCUCUUUGGAUGUAAAUACACAUGUUGAAGUUUAA